AUGACCGGCACGGUGGAAGACUAUGUCACGGCGGUCUAUCCCGACCUCAAGAACAAGGUUGUGUUCUUGACGGGCAUUGGUCAGUCUGGGGAUCAGAGCAUGUGGGGCAACGGUGCCGCCACUGCUCGCGUACUCGCCGCCAACGGGGCCAAAAUCUUCGGCUGUGAUCUUUACCUCGAGGCUGCAGAGCACACUCAGCGUCGGAUCGCUGCCGAAGGGGGUGACAUCACGGUCACCACGGCCGAUGUCACCAGCGACGCAUCGGUCAAGGCUGCCAUCGAGGCUUGUAUUGCCAAGUACGGCCGCAUCGACAUCUUGGUCAACAAUGUGGGUCGCUCCGAGCCCGGUGGCCCGGCGGAGAUGGUAGAGCGUGUCUGGGACGCGCAGACCAACAUCAACCUCAAGUCCGUGUACCUGUGUUGCCACCACAUUCUCCCCCUGAUGGAAAAGCAAGGCUCCGGGGUCGUGGUCAACGUCGCCUCGAUCGCGGGGAUGCGUUACAUCGGCAAGCCCCAGGUCGCCUACGCCGCCACCAAGGCUGCGGUCAUCCAGUUUACCAAGGCCACCGCCGUUUUGUACGCAGCCAAGAACAUCCGCAUCAACGUGGUCGUGCCGGGUCUGAUGAACACACCCUUAGUCGGCAUGCUGGCGGACAAGUAUGCCGGCGGGGAUCUGGAGGGCUUCAAGGCCAAGCGUAACAAGGCUGUGCCGAUGGGUCGUAUGGGUGAUUCCUUUGACGUCGCCACGACGGCAGCGUUCCUGGCAUCCGGCGCCAGUAGAUAUAUCACGGGCCAGAAGAUUGUGGUGGACGGUGGUAUCACCUCCUCCACUGGCUAAGCAGGGUCAUUGUGUACAAUAGCGACAAGAUAGCCAGAUGUACGCCUAGGCAGAGUAUCAUGGAUUGAUGAUGAUAUGACAAUAGAUGAGGCCAAUAUAGCGUACGUCUUCGUAAGCUGUUUCUACGUAACUACAGUACUUGGCUGCUAAUCACCGGUUCGCCGGUGCCAUGCUCCCUUGCACCCAUUCCGAGAACUCGGCCGAGACGGCGUCAUCGAACCCUAUGUCCAUGAUCAUAUCCCACCCGGGAGUGAGGCCCAGGCCUGUGGAAGGGGGUGGAUUCGCCGGCACGAGACCCUGCUCCAGAUCAGCAAGUUAGCA